AUGAAAAGUGGUCAAAUAACAAAUCUCAGUUAAGAAACAUCUAUGGAUUUGAACAUACUUAGUUAAGCUGAAACCUCACCUUCUCUAAAAGCAAAAAAGAACAAGCAUUUUCCAUGUGAUAAAUGUGGGAAGAUUCUAACGAGUCCCAAGAAUUACAAGAGACACAUCAUAAAAAGACAUUAUAACAUCCACCGAUAUUCAUGUCCCAUUUGUGAACGCCCAUUCGCAAAAAAAGGCAAUUUAAAUGUGCAUCUAAGAGUUCAUAGUGGUGAGACCCCAUAUACUUGUGGAACAUGCGGUAAAUUCUUUAAAAACAAAGCUAACAUGAGAGAUCACCUUAAAAGGCAUGAAUAGUAAAGUAAUAAUUAUUAUCGUAAGUACUAGCUGAUUAAUCAUGCUGCUAAAAAGCAUGGAAUAGAAAUAGAAAGAACCACUAGAGGUAAAUCAAAAAUAAGCACAAGCAUUAAUGCGAUUCCAAUCACUGAGGACUGCGAUGAGACAUAUAAAUUUAUGUUCAAUUUUCAGCCUUAUGUCCUGAAUAAAAAAUAGCAAUAAUAAAUGUCAACUAAACCAUUAAAAUUAGAGUUAAACCAAGCUUUAAAGCAUUAAUAAAAAUCGGAUUUACAAUCAUCAAAGUAAGAUAUUCAAAAUGAUAGCUCAUUCGCCUCUAGUACUGAUGCUUUAAUAACUAAUGAUCAAAAAAAUGAAGAUCAAGAGAUGAUCCUUGACCAUCAAGAUGACAAAGUAUUAUGCGAAUUUUGUACCAAAAAAAUAUGCGGUAUUAAACCAGACUAUAAAAAGAUUCAGUCUCAACAAAAAAAUAAAUGA